GAAAGUCCUUAUCUCCCUCAAAGACGUCAAAUGAGUACAUUUGACAAUAUCAGUGGGAUUUUGAUAUGGCAGUUUAACAUAAAAUUUUGCCAACAUGGCUAAAGACUACGACGCAAACAUGCUAUUCACUAAACUGUUUAUGCUGAUCCUUCAAGUCCACCUAUCAACAUGUGAUGUGCGCAUGUUUGUUAGCCCGCAGGGAUCGGACAAGAAUAGUGGACUAUCGACUGGAGCGCCAGUACAAACUAUAAACCAAGCUAUUACGAAUGUACAACAGAGUCAGUAUAUCAAUGCCACGGCUUACAUAGAAUUAAUGCCAGGGUACCACGAUCUUGAUAGAACUUUGUACAUCAGACGAAAUAACACGAUCAUUCGGUCAUAUAAGAGGCAACAAGUACAUGUGACUGGGGGCCGCCGUAUUCCAAGCGCAAACAUCAAACCAGUGACAGACAAAGCCAUAUUUUCAAGAUUACCAGUAAAAGCACGGUCACAUGUACGUGUUGUUGAUCUUCGUGAUUUGAACAUUACGAAUUUCGGAAAGAUGGAGAAAUAUGGUACAGGGGGAAGACGAAGUUCACCGCUUGAAGUCUUCUAUAACGGACAGCCACUACAUCUGGCAAGAUGGCCAAACGAAGGGUAUCUGGAUAUGGUUAGUUUUCCAGAUGGUAAAAGUGGUCUGCGUUUCCAGUACAAUUCCACUGUGCCGCGGUCCUGGCACAAUGAAAGUGAUCCAUGGACAUACGGAUACUGGUUUGCCGGUUGGACUGAUGGUGCCGUAAAAGUGAAAUCUAUGGAUGCAGCCACCGGGAUAGUUACACUAGCUGAAAAGCCACCCCAUGGCUUCAGAGUCACAGGUCAAUGGCAAGAUUUUCUUCAAGGCAAGCCAGGUGGUGAUGGCGGUUACUUCCGAUUCAUCAAUAUCCUUUCAGAACUUGACGAGCCGGGAGAGUAUUAUAUGGAUAGAGACAGUGGGAAGCUGUAUAUGUGGGUACCUAGUCAUGAUGGAAGUGUAAACUCAUCGGAUAUAAUUUAUAUUUCCAUGAUUGAUGACUGUAUAAUCAUCCAGCCUCCUACCGAGAAUGUUCAUUUGGAGGACUUUACCCUCGAGGCUUGUCGUAGGAGUGCUGUAUUUGCUAAUAGUGUACAGAAAGUGAAGUUGUAUAAAAUGGAGAUUCGAAAUACCGGUAACAUUGGUCUGAGAUUUUAUGGAGACACAAGGGAUUUUCAGCUUACACAGUGUUAUAUACAUGAUACCUGUGGAGGAAUUUAUAUAACUGGUGGUGAUAGGCACAGUCUGGAAUCUUCGGGUAAUGUUAUUCAAAAUAAUGAAUUCGCAAAAUAUGAUCGUGUUGGAUCGGUUGUAAACGAUGCCAUAUCAGUUUCUGGUGACGGCUUUAUCAUAAAGAACAAUCAUAUCCACAACGGACAGACUGGAGCAAUUAAUUUCUUGGGCAACGACAAUAUCAUAAAGAGCAAUCUAGUUCAUCACGUGUGCAUGAACACAUCCAGCUGUAACGCCAUGCACAUUUAUUUUGACUGGACAUUCCGUGGUAAUACUAUCGAGAACAACAUUGUCCACGACGUGGUCAAAUUAGUUCCCGGAGGGGGUAACAAAGCAGUGUACCUUGAUAUCCAAAUAUCCGGAAUGAAUAUCAAGAACAACGUAUUCUACAAUAACGAUAUACAUGUUCAGAUUGGAGGAGGUCGAUACAACGAAGUCAUUAACAAUAUUAUGUACAAUGCAACGUAUAGCAGCAUCUAUGUAGACAGCCGCGGCACAUCUCAUAGCAGUGAUAAGGUGCUCUAUGAUCGUCUACAUGCGAUGCCGUACAAUAAUUCUGUGUGGAACCUAAGGUAUCCGCAUUUAGCAGAAAUUGACAAGCACAACGCCAGUCUACCAGAAGGCAAUCAAAUCAGCAAGAACAUAAUAUACGCCGCUCCGAAUACACACUACAUUAAAUUUGGACUAGCGAGCUUCCUAAAGGCUAAUUUGUCGGCUUAUUUCAAUAUGACACAUACUGGUUUUUCAUCAGGACGUGUAGACCAUGUCAGCGUAGAAAAGGGAGAUCUAAGGGUUACAUGCAGAGCUAGUGAAUGGGCAAACAAUAUAAAUUUCCGGCAGGUUCCGUCGCCAAACGCCGUAGGACCUUUAUCUUCACCAGUUGGUCCAACUUAUCUUAACAGAGGUCGAAUUCACUUAGUAAAUAGUACUCACCCAUCGGCUUGUCCUACAUUACCACCACCAAAAGAAAAGCCGGUCGUGUCAUUUAUACCUGAUGGUUCGCCCGGCAAUCAUGUUUAUCCAGUUGGAAAGUCAGGUUGUUGGCUGAAUGUAACAAAGUGCAAAAACCACACAGCAUCAGUCGGGACAUACAGGGACAUGUACGGCGAGAGAUACCGCUAUGCCGCUGACAAUGAGACCAUGUGUUUCCUACGAGCUUUAGAACAAUGGAAAUUUUGUGGAUCACACAAGGAUGAAACUGUUGUAGCAAUUUUUGGUCCGACUGGUAAUGCUACAAUUGGUGGCGAAGGGUGCGUUGCAGCGUGGUAUGGUUGUCCUAAACAUGGGGGUCCAGCUGAUGGUCAUCUUAACACAACAAACGGACGAUAUUUUCAUGAUGGCUCACAGAGAACUCCAGGUCAAGAAGGAUGCUUGAGACGAUCUUUAGAUAUAUGGCGAUGGUGUGGAGCAAGCUCUAAUUAUCCAGUUACAAGUAUAUACCUCCCAACAGGCGCAAAGCGUACAGCAGGUGGUGGAUGUUGGAUCGCUCUUGAAAAGUGCCCUGCCCAUACACGAACACCUAGGUUUUUUUAUGACAUCUCUGGAGCAACCUAUUAUCAAACUGAUAGCAGUGAGUUUGCCUGCCUACACCGAGCGGAGUAUUACUGGCACCACUGCGGUUCGAAUCCCAAAUAUCCUGUCACUGCCACGUACCGUCCAACAACUGCCAGCAAGACCUACCCAUGAAAAGACGAUGUAUCUUUUUAGUGUUUUGGUGUAUAGAUAGGAAUAAUAAAGUUUGUUCACUUAG